AGAAGAGGGUUUUAAACUAGGUCAACGUUUCUUCACAUCCGUAAGCUCUGCUGUUCUAAAAAAAAAAAAGCAUAUUAUGUUUUGCAAUUGCGACCUACUACUAAACGCAAUGUUGUCUCGUUUGAACGCAAUAAACAUUUGUUUCCUCCAUGGCGCUAACAGGCUUCCGUAGCCGGCCUUCACCUGGGAGACUCACCAGCGGGCUGCCCGGGACCUUCCCCAGUUCUCCACACAGUGCCCCCUGCCGUCCGAUUGGGGCAAGAGCACUCGGUAUUCACAGGGAUCGCGUUGACUGAGCUGGACCUGGCUGCGGCACUGAAGCCGAAAAAUUGCUAUUCAGCCUCUCCGAAGAUGACUCAGCAUCCGUCACCCAAAGGCACGCAGCAGUUCCGCAGCCUGUUCCUUCGACUAGAUGCCAAUAGCGAUGGUUUCAUCGCCGUAGAUGAGCUCCGCAAAGAAAUGAAGAAAAUCGGAGUUUCGGCCGCAGAGGAGAAGACUCAGGCUAUCCUAGGCGACUAUGACCUGAAUAACGACGGGCGUUUAGAUUACGAGGAGUUCCUGACCUACAUGAUGGACAGGGAGAAGAAAUGGAAAAUAAACUUUCAAGUCCUUGACAAAAACAACUGCGGGGUCAUUGACCAGGAAGAUAUCAUAGAUUUGUUUAAGGAGUUAGGAGUGGUCAUUUCAAAGCAACAUGCAAAGAAAAUAAUACAAAUGAUGGACUGUGACAACUCCAUGACUGUGGACUGGAAUGAAUUUCUGCAGCACAUCAUUUUAAACCCCGCUGAGGACAUUGCAGAGCUUGUUUCUUCUUGGAAGCGCAGCAUGGUGUUCGACGUGGGAGAAAGCCGGCCUCUGCCCAUGGACUUCACACGGGAGGAGACAGACUCUGGAGCCUGGAAGAAGUACAUUUUAGCUGGAGGAAUAGCAGACGCGGUGUCCAGGACCGUCACUGCGCCAAUCGAUCGAAUAAAAAUUCAGCUUCAGGUGUAUGGUUCUGGGGCAGUAUCACAUGGGCUCAGGGAGAUACGAGCAGGCGGUAUCAAGUCGAUGUGGCAGGGGAAUGCAGUGAAUGUGAUGAAAGGCACCCCCCAGUCAACUCUCCAGUGUUUGAUAUACAACCGGGUGAAGAUUCUUGGGGAAGUUUCAGAAGGUGAGCUGACUGUGCAGCAGAGAUUUGGGCUUGGCUGCGUCUCUGGGGCAGCUGCACAUGCAGUGUUCUAUCCCUUAGAGGUUUUAAAGGUCCGACUGAAUCUUCAGCAGGCAGGUACAUACACGGGGCUCAAGGAAUGUGCCAAGUCCAUUUAUCAAAAUGAGUCCAUAGUCGCCUUUUACAGAGGGUUCAGGCCUAGCCUCCUCUGCAUGAUACCGUAUGCUGGCGUGGAGUGUGCGGUCUAUCAGUCUGUUAUGAGCUGGGCAAAAGCAGAUGCUGCAGACAGCAGUGAGUCCAGGCUGUUCCUUUGUAGCUUUGCUGCUUUUGCUUCUGGGCAGACUGCAAGUUAUCCUCUGGCGGUCAUCAGAACUCAACAACAAGCUCAGGCCAUUAGUUCAACAACACAGACUUCAAGUGCCGUCGAAACACUGACGAGCAUCUACCGCAAUCAAGGGAUCAGGGGCUUCUACAGCGGAAUGGGGGCCAGUUUUGCAAGAGCAUUUCCUUGUGCCUUAUUAAACUACACUUUAACUUCCCGGCUGGAAAUCCUCUUCCCUUAACCGUCUGACAGCAUCCUCGUUGUUCUUUUAGGAGAAUGUAAAUAUAUUUUAAAGUCGUGUUUCUCACACUUCGCUCUCAUGGUGUAAACUAUGCAACAGACGUUUUCCCAAAGCAAUUAAAUGCCCGAAUAUACCUGCACUUUAAUUUGUGAAGUGAUGUACACAUGAAGAUUGCCUUCAUUUGGCCUGUGUGAUACAAACCGUGUCCCGUUUUCAUUAAACUGCAGUUCUGUAACGAUCAA